UUGGUGCAUUUUCGUCUGUUCACACGUUAAAAUGGAUGCGACACAGUACGGAAAAUUAAAUAGAUUGAUGAAUGGAAAUAUUUCCACAAAUCUAUCGAAUGAGAAGGAUUGCGUGGUCUAUGCGACGACUACGGAAUUGCUGACGAUGGAUGCAUGUAGCGAAGAGGUACAGGAGCAACCUGAGGUGGAGCCGACUGCAACUCGGGAUCAGUGGGGCAAGGGAGUGGAAUUUCUCUUCUCCUGCAUUGCUUUGAGCGUGGGUCUGGGAAAUGUGUGGCGUUUUCCCUUUAUAGCGCUGGAAAACGGCGGUGGUGCCUUUCUCAUACCCUAUCUUGUGGUGCUGCUGUUGGUGGGUAGACCCAUUUAUUAUAUGGAAGUUAUUAUUGGACAGUUCUCGAGUCGCGGCUGCAUACGUGCCUUUGAUAUGGUGCCCAUCAUGAAGGGUGUCGCCUAUGGACAGGUGUACUCGACAGCUUUGGCGACCACCUACUACGCCUGUAUUAUGGCUCUGACCAUUCGCUAUUUGGUGGUCUCAUUCUCCGAGGUGCUACCCUGGACCUACUGCCUUGUGGAGUGGGGUAGUCAGUGUGUGGCCACCGGAGCCACUGUCAUUAAUUCCACUGUCACCAAUUCCACAGGCAGCAAUGCCACUCGUGCAGUACAGGGUAUCUCCUCAGCCGAGCUGUAUUUUACACGCACUGUUCUACGUGAACCGGAGAGUCUAGAGGAAGGUGGCCUUGGCACACCCAGCUGGGAGAUGGUCAUGUGUCUCUUGGUCACUUGGAUCAUCAUUGCCAUCACACUGUUUAAGGGCAUACGUAGCUCCGGCAAGGCAUCCUACUUUUUGGCCUUAUUUCCCUAUGUCAUUAUGCUGAUCCUGUUGGUUAGAGCAGUGACCUUGCCGGGUGCCUGGCAGGGUAUUGCCUACUUUGUGAAGCCCCAAUGGGAUCAGCUGCUGAAUCCGCAUGUCUGGUAUGCGGCAAUUACCCAAAUGUUCUUCUCUUUGGCCAUUUGCUUUGGCACACUGAUUAUGUAUGCCUCCUUCAACGAUUUCCACAAACAUGUGCACAAGGAUGUCAUCAUCAUCACCUCGAUAGAUUCGUUUACCUCCAUUCUGGCAGGCUGCAUCAUUUUUGGCAUUCUGGGCAAUCUGGCCCAUGAGACAAACACUACGGACAUUUCCACUGUAGUCAAGGGAGGAGCUGGUUUGGCAUUUAUCUCGUAUCCGGAGGCUAUUGCCAAGUUUAGGUACUUGCCACAGUUGUUUGCGGCGCUCUUCUUCUUCAUGCUGCUUGUAUUGGGCAUUGGCAGCAACAUUGGCAUGGCCUCGUCUGUCAUCAACGUGGUCAAGGAUCGUUUUCCCCAGCUGCCACAUUGGAAACUGGCCAUAGGCGCCUCAGUGUUGGGUUUCCUUUGUGGCCUGGUUUAUAUGACACCUGGUGGACAGUUUGUGCUCAACCUGGUGGACUUCUAUGGCUGCACAUUCAUAGCUCUCGUUCUGGCCAUUGCCGAGCUCCUGGCCGUUGGCUGGAUCUAUGGUGUGAAGCGUCUCUGCAGCGACAUUGAGUUCAUGCUGAACGUGAAGACGAGUUUCUAUUGGCGCAUCUGCUGGGCGAUUGUGGCACCCGGUCUUAUGUUCCUCGUGCUGGUCUACAUGCUUUUUAGCUAUGAACCGUUGACCUAUAAGAACGUACCCUAUCCACAAGCGGCAUACUUAGCUGGCUGGCUCAUCUGGGGUCUAGGUGUAGCCCAACUGCCCUUCUGGGCCAUCUACACUAUCUACCAACAGCCGGGCCACAGUUUCAGCCAGAAGUUGAAACUCGCGUUGCAACCAACCGCAGACUGGGGACCUCGACAGCCACAGCAGCUUCAGGCUUAUUUGUUGCACCGCAAAAAGGAGACAGACUCCAAGGUGCAACGUGGCGGAUACUUUAUGGACAAUAUAUUUGGUUAGUUGAACAACACAAGCAGUAUUGGAGCAGGCAGUUAGUUUUAAAAUAUUUGUUUUACGCUUUAUUAAUAAUUUAUCAAUAAACAGCAAAUUGUAAUUGUUGCUUUGCUUAAAGCAUUAGGAAAAGAUUUAAAACAUUUUAAUGCAGAUUUUUUAUGCAAUAUUUCAUUUACUUUUUGGCUCUUA